AUGGACUUGGAAGAUGAGAGUGAUCCGGGGCUGGCGGGCCUCAGCCCUGAGUUUCAGGCCAUGCUUGGAGGCCUCUCUGGACACAUGGCAUCUUUCUCAAAGCUGCUGGAACAACGCACCCUGCCAAAGGAGCAGGCGAAGGACAAGGACGAUGAGGUAUACUUGGACUCUUACGCGGAUCUGGGAAUUCACGAGGACAUGCUGAAGGACACCGCGCGUGUGGAGGCCUACAGGAUUGCCAUUGAGCAUUGUGCGAGGUCUUGGGAAGGCCGUGAGGUGACCGUGAUCGAUGUCGGUGCUGGGACUGGACUGCUUUCCAUCCUCUGCGCCCGACAGGCCACACACGUCCAGGUCCAUGCCAUCGAGGCUUCUCGGCUCGCGCACUUCCUGCGACAGAUCGUGGAGACCAACUUUGGAGGUUUCGACACCAAACAAGCCGUGCAUGUGCACGAGUGCCUCGCAGAGGACUUCCAGCUGAGUGACGGCCAGAAAGCCGAUGUGAUUGUGAGCGAAUGGAUGGGCUACUGCUUGCUUUACGAGAACAUGCUGCCAUCUGUCCUAUCUGUGCGAGAUCGCUACCUCAAGAAAGGUGGCGUCAUGCUGCCAUCAAGAUGUCGUUUGUUGAUGGCACCGAUUCAGGAUAGCUGGCGAGAGGAGAAGCUGGGCUUCUGGAAUUCUGUCUGCGGCAUCGAUAUGUCUGCACUGGUGCCACUGGCCACCGCCACCUUCUGCUCAGUGCCUCAACAUCGCUUGGUGAAUUCCGCAGUGCUGUUGGGAGAUGCCAUUGAAAUUGCGCACCUGGAUUUGCAGACGGUGAAAUGCGAAGAUUUAGACAGAUUUCAGACCGAUGUUGCAUUCACACUGCCAGCUGGCACUCGGCUAGAUGGCAUGGUCACAUGGUUUGAGUGUGAGUUCGGAGAUGCUGGGUGGCAGCUUUCCACUUCUCCUUUGAAGCCGGCGACUCAUUGGAAACAGACUGUGUUCUACUUUCGUGAUCCAGUUGAAGCUGGUGGCGGUGUAUCCAUCUCAGGCAGGAUGAUGCUGGAGCGCCAUAAUGAGUUUUCACGAGGAUACCGUGCGACAUUUGAGUUGAAGAUCCCCGGGCGAAAGCCCCGCAUGGAGGUUUUCGAGCUCAGAUAG